AUGUCCGCUGUCCAUUCUGCCGUGCGUGAGCCAGACUUUUGCAAGCAAAUGCUGACUCUAUUGCCCGUGAAGAUCACCGCCGUCACCCACCAUAUCCCAUACUUCCUCAGAAUCCCUGCCGAGGCGCUGAUUGGGGAACAGUGUUACAGCACCCUCGUAUAUGACUUUGACAUCACGGAUGUCGAUUGUUUAAAGUACUCCCUGUCCAAGGGCCUGGGUUUUGGCAUCGUCGUCGGAGGAGGUAUCAUCAAGAUUCCUCAAAUUGUCACAAUCGUUUCCACUCGUUCCGCUAAAGGCCUUUCCUUGUCCGCCUAUGCUCUAGAAACCGUUGCAUACGCCAUCAAUCUUGCUUACAACUCCCGCAACAACUUUCCUUUUUCCACAUAUGGAGAAAACUUCUUCCUGACGAUUCAAAAUGUCAUCAUCACGCUCCUCGUCGUCUACUUUGCGCCACAGAGAGGUGCAGUCAUUGGAGCGAAUCCGUUAACUUCUAAAAAGAACCCAAAUGGCGGGAAAGUAUUCACUGGCAUAGUGAUUACGAUUGCCACUGGAUUGGCCCUUUGGUCGGAGCAACUCUGCCCAUUGACCUUCCUCUCUCUUCUGCAAGCCGCCACCCUCCCCCUUUCCAUCAUUUCCAAAGCCCCACAGAUCAUUCAAAACCACAAAUCCCGAUCGACCGGUAAUCUUUCUGCUUUCGCAGUCUUCAAUGGACUCUUGGGAUGUGUUGCCCGUCUGUUCACCACCAAGCAAGAGGUCAACGAUCCCCUCAUUUUCUGGGGCUUUGCUGCCGCAGCUGCCAUGAAUGCCAUCCUCGCGCUCCAGGUAUUCAUCUACCGAAAGAGCGACGAUGAGAUCCUUGAGGACAGAAGACAUAGUGCCAGCGAGCGAGGGGACCAUGUUGUCCUGGAGAAGCCUGUCGUUCUGGAAGGAGGGAACGGAAAGAGGUGGGCCCGGAAGCUCGACUAG